UUCUGCUUUAUGAGAUACACCACAAAUAUCAAUCCAGAUCUUACUUGCUCCUUUCUCCUUCACUAUUUUCCCCCAUGGGAAAUCCUUCACAUUUUCUUCCAAGUUGCUUCACAGCAGGCAAUAGAAAACCAGAAAUAAGUAAGGGAAAUGAAAAGCACGCUAGGAUACAAUAUCCAGCACCUCUUCCUGAGGAAAUUUGCCGUCAAUUUUCUCUAACCGAGAUCAAAGCUGCUACCAACAAUUUUCAUCCAAAAUCUCUUAUUGGUGUUAGUUAUUUUGCAAAGGUGUUCAAAGGGAUUGUUGAUGAUGGAAACGUUGUUGCUGUCAAACGCCUCAGACCAGAUUCAGCACAAAAGGCGCUCAAAGAGUUCCAAAAAGAAGUGCUGAUGCUCUGCCAGUUGCGCCACCAACAUCUCGUGUCUCUCAUCGGGUACUGCAAUGAUAAGGGUGAGAAGAUCGUUGUAUACGAACUCAUGAAAAACGGGACACUCCGUGAACAUCUCUAUGGUUCUGAUUAUGAUCCACUCCCAUGGAAGCAGAGGCUAGAGAUAUGUAUUGGUACAGCUCGUGGAUUACAUUACCUUCAUACUGGAGCAAAGCAUGCCGUAAUUCACCGUGACAUCAAGAGCAGCAAUAUUCUUUUGGACGAUAAAUGGGUUAGUAAGUUUUCUAAUUUCACGCUCUCCGAGAUGCGUUCACAACCUUCAUACUCUGACACGUCAAAACUUUUGACAAAAAUUAUUUCACCAUUGGCGGGUACUAAGGGUUAUGUGGAUCCUGAGUGUCUCAAAGGUUAUGGAGUUUCAGAAAAAAGUGAUGUGUACUCAUUUGGAGUUGUUUUAUUUGAAGUUUUGUGUGGUAGAAAGGUGGUUGAUCCAAUAUUGGAUGAGAAUGAACAAUAUCUACUUGGUUGGGUCUGUCAGUGUAUAGACAAAGGAACCAUUUAUAAUAUAAUCGACCCACAUCUGAAGAGGAAGAUAGCUCCAGAGUGUUUGAAAAUAUUCGUGGAUAUCGCUUAUUCCUGUAUCAGUGAGAACGGAGAUACACGGCCUGAGAUGGGUCAAGUGGAGCUAAUGUUAGAGCUUGCAUUGGAGAUGCAAGAGAAAGCAGAUUCCCAAAUGAGGGAUGUUGAUCCUCAUAGUGAAUGUAUGCAUAGAGAAGAACCAUUUUCUAUAUCUGUUUCUGACCACAGUUUGUGAUAUUGAUACCAGUUUAAAAUUGUAACAACAUAAUUUUUUUUAUAUCUUUACUUUCGGUUAUGUGGCUCCAGAGUAUGCCAUUUAUGGUGACCUUUCAGAAAAAUGUGAUGUGUACUCAUUCGGGGUUGUUUUAUUUGAAGUGUUGUGUGCUAGAUCAGUCGUGGGUACAACGAUAUUGGAUGAGGAUAACCUAGAUCUAUUGAAAGGGGUUCGUCGGUGCAUAGGCGAAGGAACCAUUUAUAAUAUUAUUGAUCCAUAUCUCAAGGGGAGGAUUGCUCCAGAGUGCUUCAAGAUAUUUGUAGACAUUGCUUAUUGCUGCAUUCAUAAAGAGGGAGAUGCACGACCUGACAUGGGAGAAGUGGAGCUGAUGCUAGAGCUUGCGUUAGAGAUGCAAGAGAAAGCAGAUUCCGAUUUGGUAGAUCUCGAUUCUCAUGGUAAAUGUAUGUAUGGAGAAAUAUCAUUUUGUAUCCCUGUUCUUGAUCACAGUUUGCGUGUAGACAGUAUCAACAGUACAUCAGAGUCUGAAGCCGAGGCAGGGGAUUUGUAUUCCAGAAGUACAUCACUUGCAUCUUCAGAAAAUACUACUAC